UAAAUGCUCCCAGGAUCUCUGAUACUUGGCACUUCUGGACUGGGAGAACCCGCUAGCCAAAGAGUGGGUGGAAAAUAAGUAGAUUUCUGCGGCUGGUGGCGGAACCCAGACUGGAGGCUUCAGAGCCCACCACCAAGGCUGAUACUCCCGAGGAUUUUUGAUUAUGGGCUUGAACUCCAGCAGCUAAAGUCUUCAGAUGGAUUUUAAAAUUCAGUACACUUGGGAUGGUUUUCCCGUGAAGCAUGAGCCAGUGUUUGUCAGGCUGAAUCCAGGUGAUGGAGGAGUGAUGAUGGAAGUUAGUGCUCCCUUUUUCAAUGAUCCUCCAGCCCCACUUGGAGAACCAGGAAAACCUUACAAUGAACUGUGGAAUUAUGAAGUUGUGGAAACAUUUUUCUUGAAUGACAUAACUGAACAGUAUUUAGAAGUUGAACUUUGUCCUCAUGGACAACAUUUGGUGCUCUUACUCUCUGGAAGAAGAAAUGUCUGGAAACAAGAACUUGCUCUGUCAUACAAAGUGUCUAGAGGAGAGACAAAAUGGGAAGGCAGAGCUUAUCUUCCUUGGAGUUAUUUUCCACCAAAUGUGACAAAAUUCAAUUCAUUUGCAAUUCAUGGAUCAACAGAUAAAAGAAACUACGAAGCUCUUUACCCAAUACCUCAACGUGAACUGCAACAAGGACAAAAACCUGAUUUUCAUCGUCUGGAAUACUUCAAGCCUUUCAGUUUUAAUACACUGUUUGGAGAAGAAUGGAAACAACCAGAAUCAGAGCUGUGGUUAAUAGAGAAACCUGAUGUAUAGGAGUAUAGUAGAUGACCAUAUCAAUCAUUUCUUCUCUGUAUCUUUUAAGGUAAACCAACAAUAUAUAUAAUUUUUUUAAUCAUGAUACCACCAGUACACUUCAAGAACAACUAUUUUCAUAGAGAUCAGUGAAAAUAGAGUAUCUUUGUAGCAAAUUGUAUAUGAAUUAACAAGAAAAUAGAAAGUUUGUAGAUGACUUUAUCUAGAAAGUGAAAAUGUUUCUCAGAGUCAUUCAGUCUAGGAGCCAUCAUGUUCUAUCUGCUUUGCAUUUCCAUCACCCCAGAUAUCCCUGACUCUAUCAACCAACACCGUUAUUUCUCUUCCUACCUCCCUAAACCUCAGCCAGCCUGACACUGGAACAUCUUAUUUGUGCAUUUUUUUAAAAGUUCUAUGUAGCGUACAGUAAUUCUUUACUUGGAAGCUUCUGUGCAUUCUUGAAGUAGAUUGAAAACAAUGACUAUUUCAGAUAAGCAGGACAUCCACAUCUGUUAAGGCAUCAUUAAGAUACAUAUGUAUGUAACCGGCUGUUUUUCAUGUCUUGAGACUAUUUUUAGUCUGAAGAAGGAAAUGGAAUGAAGUAGUCUUAAAUUUGGGCACCAGGUUCUACUUUCAUUUACAAACAGAUGACAUUUUCUUAAUGCUGUUAAACCAAAUGCCAAAAUAUCUUCACUUUAUUUUAUAAACAUCAAACACUCCUGGUCUAGAAUUUUUCAAAUUUUGUGUUGUGAUAUAGUUCAGUGUUUAAAGCCAUCUAGUAUAUCAUCGAUGAAUUUCUCCACAAAACCUGGUCCUUCACUAG